AUGUCCCAGAAAUUUGCUAACGCGGGCAGCUUUACCGUGAGAGAAGACCUUGGCAAACCUAACAAGGGUGUCGACAGAGUACAGAAAGGUUUUACUGCUGCAUACCCAACUCAAUCCUCCAUUCCUUAUAGACAGAGGAGGUCAGUAAUCCCAGAAUCAGAAAAAAUGGGAUUUAACAGCCAAGCCAGGAGAUUUUAUAGCAAAAAGGAUGACAUCCCGGGCCCUGGGUUCUACAAUGUCAUCCACCAGUCUCCGGUGUUCAACAGUGUCUCUCUCUCCAAGAGAGGAACCUGCACUUUUCCCUCCACGUGCGCCCGCCUGGGCCCCGUCAUUUCUAAAUAUCCUGCUGCAAACGCGUACACCAUCCGGUCAGAGUUGGCUUCCAAGAAGGACUUCAGCAAUUCCUGUUCCAGCAUGUUCCAGCUGCCAACCUUCAUUAAAGUGGUCAAAUCUGAGACCCCCGCCCCAAACCAUUACAAUGCCUCCAUCUCCAUCUGCAAACAGAGAAACAAUGUCUGCGCUCGAGCCGGGUUUCUAUCGAAAACGCCGAGAGGAUUCGUCCCCUCCUCUGAACCAGGAGGGCCAGCACCGGGGCAUUACGAUGUCAAUGAGUCCCUGGUGAGGGAGUCGCCAAAGGUCUUAGUGUCCUGCUUCAAGUCCAAAACUGGCCGUGGAUUAAAUCCGACUUCAAUAGGCCCGGGGCCUGGUUACUACAACCCGAACGAUCAAACCAAGAUUCUGAGAAAAUCUCAUCUCCCGAAAACUACACUCCUGAACUUCUCUGCCCAACCACUGCCUCUACCCGAAAAGCCACCUCUGCCUGGUCCUGGUCAGUACGAGAUCGUGAACUACCAGGGGCCUCCCAAGCACUUUAUCUCCACGGCAUCGUUUGUGUCCAACACCAGCCGGUGGCCAGUGAAGUCAUCUAAGCCAAUCCUUCCCGGCCCAGCCUCAUACAAGCCAGAGAUUCCGGGGAAGCAGUCCUUCCUCUACAAUGAAGACAACAAAUGGAUUCCUGCAGUGUAGUGAUGACACAGGGGCAGAGCGGGAGAAAGAGGCUCAGCCCACCAGGCCUCCUGACCCCGCUCCCCAGGACACCUAUCAAGAGAACAUGCCUUCCCUCUACGUCACCCAGCCCAGGGUCACAUCCUGUCUGGAGCUGCCUUCUGGAGACUGGCCACCCCUGUGAUCCCCAUGAUCCCCCCGACUCACCCCAAGCAGAGCUCUCUGGCUACCUCCGUGUCAACCUUCAAGCUGGUUCUGAUGACCCUCCUUCUCAGACAUAAGGACUCUGGGGCAUGGACUCUAAUGUGCAGUCCCAGGGCCCUGCUAAGGCGGCCUGCGGUAAAUUAGAAGCAAGUCAUCCAGCUUGUCCUUGUCUUCUGGGUGGCAGGAAGGCUCAGAGGUGCCUGCAGCAGAGGCACGGGGAUAUUCCCUGGACACCCCCGCCCUCAGCCGUGCCUUGCCAUUACCCAGCAAGUACAUGGAAACUAGUCAUGAGCCACUCAUCACACCACGGACUCACAGACUCUGGAGUCAUCAGCAGGCAAGGCAGAGCGUCUAGCUGGAGCUAGAGGCCUGGAACCACAGUCCCCAGGGCUGGGAGGACCUCUGGGUCCCCGUCUUCGUGUUCUCACCUCCUCAACCUUGCCUCUGCCUGGUCUCUGUCGCCUUCCUGCCUUCCUACUCUGUUUCUGAGUAGGCAUCAGUUACCAAGUUGGACGGUGUCCCUGACAGACCGUAGCUUGCCUGAAGUGGCUAAAGGGAGAGCUGACCAAGAACGGAGAUGAAAUUUGCCCCUUACCUCUCCCAUUCUCCUCACCUCUUACACCCUCUCCUAUCCCGGACAUUGAUAACUUCUGCCACUUUCCUAAAUGGGAUCCUCACAGGCUACCCCUCCCUCCUCCAGCCCCCUGAUUCCCUUCCACAACACCUGCCUGAGCUUCUCUCUUCCCAAGGCCCCUUCCUUGACAUUUUCUGGGAACUCUGCCUCCUGGGCUUCCCAUCUGGACUGGCUGCCUGAUUGGCUCUCUUCAUGGCGGGGGUGGGGUGGGGGGAGGACAUGAGAAAGAGGGGGGGAAGGGGUAGAGAAACAUAUUCAAUUAAAUGAAAUUCUUGCUUCUCA